AUGUCUUCUCUGAAACCAAAAGAAAUCGAUUUUAAUGAGCAAUGGCCAAUAGUACUGGACACCGUACGUUGUGUCAUAAGUAUGGGUCGUUUUGGUCAUACGAAUAAAGCAAUAUGGCAAGAAAGAUUUUUCGAUAUAUAUUAUUUAUGCGUUGCCACACCAGACUCUCAUGCUGAACGAUUAUAUGAAGAAACAAAAAAGUUUCUUGAAGAUCAUUGUAAAUCUAUGAAAAAGGAAAUAUCAGAAUCUGAUCAAAAUAUGCUUAGUACAUAUGCUAAAUAUUGGACAGAAUAUAAAACUGGCUCUGAACGACUUAAUAUACUAUAUGCAUAUCUCAAUACUCAUUAUGUCAGAAAACGGCAAAUCAAUGAUCUAGAUAAUAGUUACCCACCAUUUGAAUGUAAUAGUGAUAAUAACGAUGUACAUCUAGUCGAAAUCGGAGAGAUGUCUCUGGAUUGUUGGACAAGACUAAUCAUAGAACCACUCAAAGACAGACUCGUUAAUCUAUUACUUGAGCAAAUAUAUCUUGAUCGUGUAUGUGAAUGUGUGAAUCAGACGACGAUAAAAUGUGUGAUCAUGUCAUUCGUUGAUGUAUGUCAACAUCGAAAAAUGAACGCACUAGAGCUCUAUGAAAAAUCAUUUGAAAAUCGAUUACUACAAGCAACUGGAGAGUAUUAUCGAGAAGAAGGAAAUCUUUUGUUAACUAAAUCUGACUGUAUUCAAUAUAUGAAAAGAAUUUUAAUAUUAAUUGACGAUGAAGAAUUUCGUAGUCGUAAAUUUCUUAAUUCAACAUCAUAUUCAAAAAUAUACAAUGAAUGUCUUCAACGUCUUGUUUGUGAUCAUUUUGAUACGCUUAAAAGUAUAUGUAAUGAUCUUAUUGUUAAAGAAGAUUUGGAUGCACUUAAAAAUAUGUACAAGUUACUUAAACCAACACAUAUUGGUAUAAAUUAUAUGGUUGAAAAAUUACAGGAUAAUAUAUCACGUAUUGGUCAUGAAAAAAUUCAAACAUUGAAAGGAGAAAACUUAUCAACAUUAUUUGUUGAAACAUUACUUGAUUUACAUACAAAAUAUAUGAAUAUAAUAAAAGAAACAUUUACUAGUGAUCCUGAAUUUGUUUCCUCACUUGAUAAAGCAUGUUCUACUAUUGUGAAUAUGAAAUAUGGGAAUCGUUUAUCAGCAAAAGCACCUGAAUUGCUUGCUCAUUAUUGUGAUAGUUUACUACGAAAAUCAUCAAAAGCAGCGACUGAUAGUGAAAUUGAAGAGAAAUUGCUUAGCUCGAUAACAAUAUUUAAAUAUCUUGACGAUAAAGAUUAUUUUCAACGAUUUUAUCAAAAAAUGCUUGCACGUCGACUUAUUAAUCAACAAUCAAUAUCCAUUGAUGCUGAAGAAUUUAUGGUCACAAAACUUAAGCAAAUAUGUGGUUAUGAAUUUACUGGAAAAUUAGCUCGCAUGUUUCAAGAUAUUAAAGUUAGCGAUGAUCUAAAUACUGAAUUUUUGGAUUAUCUCAAAUCUGAACUAUCAUCAACAACAGCCAACCAAACAAUGACUAAUUUGAUUGGUCUUGAUUUUAAUAUUUAUGUAUUACAAGCUAAUUCAUGGCCAGUUACUCAGUCAGCAGCUAAUACAUUUAUUCUUCCACAUCUUCUUGAAAAACCCCUUCAUAUGUUUGAAUCGUUUUAUGGUAAAAAAUAUAGCGGUCGAAAGUUGUGCUGGAUGUAUAAUUUAUCAAAUGCUGAAAUUCGUAUGACUCAUUUGGAUCGUUCGUAUUUUGUUACAAUGGGUACCUAUCAAAUGGCUAUAUUGUUACAAUUUAAUGACCAUCAACAAUUAACAGUCAAUGAAUUAGAAGAAGCAACUAAACUCAAUACGAAAGAACUUGACAAACAAAUCAUUUCGUUACUUGACGCUAAAUUUAUACUGGGAAAUGCAAGUGCUUUAUCAUCAGAUUCGAAAAUAUCAAUUAAUUUCGAUUAUAAAAAUAAACGAACAAAAUUUAAAAUUGCGUUACUACCUCAAAAAGAAGCAAGUCAUGAUCCUGAAUCUUCACAAAAAUCUGUUGAAGAAGAUCGAAAAUUUUAUCUACAAGCUGUUAUUGUACGCAUAAUGAAAGCCAGAAAAAAAUUAAAACAUAAUUCAUUAAUUGAAGAAGUUAUAACACAAUCGAAACAACGAUUUUCACCAUCAAUUCAAAUUAUUAAAAAAUGUAUUGAAGUUCUUAUUGAUAAACAAUAUCUUGAACGAAGUUCAAGUGAUGAAUACAGUUAUAUUGCUUAA